AUGCAAAACGGCAGUUCCAGUGGCCCAUCACCCCAAGAUGAACGCGUAACACCUGUUCCCGACACGCCUGGUCCCGAAGAUUCCGUCCUAGAAAAUAUUCCUACUUCUGGCCCCUACGAAUCGAUCCCUUCCGAGCCGAAAGACGAUGAAACUGUCCAUCAACUAGAGGGCCCCCCCUCCAAGAAGCGAAGACUGACAGAUACUACCCCGUCGCGUCGCUCAACGCCGCGGCCACCGUCACCACCAUGGAAGAAGGUCGGGGUCGAGGGGCCUACCUCAUUUCAGCUAGAGGGCAAGCGAAGGUCGUCUCGUCAAAACGCGGUCCCUAUGGAGUUUCAACCCCAAUCCGACAAACGACAUACUCGCGCCGCGCAAAACGACUAUGCCAAGAAGAAUACUCGCGAUAGCGUCAAACCGGCCACGUCAUCACCACUGGCCGUGACCCAGUCGCGUGCCGUGGUCAAUGGGAAGCUUGGUGGCAAAGCGACUACCAAUGGGUCACCCCGGACGGCGCCAUCAAGGGGAACUUCUACUAAGCAACAGUCUAAUUCGCAAUCGCCAGCAUCUAAAUCAAACCACUCGCGCAUCAGAUCUCGGAGCUCCGGUACCCAGCACCGCCCUCGAACCGGCGCAAACGGCGCAAGUCCCCACCAACUCCGUGAUCGCACCUCCAUUUCAGCCAUCCCCCCAACCGACGGCGACGAUUUAGACGAUCUCAAUGGAGACACGGAAGAGAUGGAGUCCGGAUCCCAAAAGGUUCCGCGACUUCGGAUUAAAGUCAAGAAGCCGAUUCUACCCGUUCGACACCCUGGCCACAUCACGACCAAAAAAUAUACCUCGUUCCGGGAAUGGGUAGAACAAGAGGAUGCUCCGAGUCUGUUAUCGGAGCAGGAGGCCUUGGAGGAAGCUAAGAGACGACGUCAAGUGCAGACUGCGGCUGAGCCUGGUGGUCCGUUGAGCUCGGAGGUUUGCUCAGCCUACAUCACCGAUCAACAGGAGGAACCUCCCCCACAGUACUCGCACCAGGACCAUCUGGUUUCCCAUGCACUGUACUUCCAAAAAUUGCUGGACAAGGAACACAAGCGCCAUCGACAAAUGGCGAAAUUGUUUGCGCAGUGGUGCGCCGACGCCUACAGGAAACGCCACAAGAACCCCGAGGACAUUCUUCGUGAACAGCAAGAUGAGCUACGAGUCAAACGCAAACAGUUGGGCAAGGAUUUGCAAAAGAUGUUUGAUUUGACCCGUGCCGAGAUUGAUCAAGCUCGACUGGCACGCUGGGAAGAAGAGCGAAAAGUACAGGAUCAGCAAGCCCUUGACCGUGCUAUUAAGAAAUCAACAAUGCUUUUCGAGAAGCGCCGCUCGGAGAUUCUUGGAGAAGUUCCCAGCGAUGCCCCAACCAGUGAAGGAGAAGAGGAAGGUACAGACUCUUCGUCUGAAUCUGGAGCAGAUAAUGAAAGCAAUAUGUCCUCUUCGGAGUCAGAUCUUGAUGACGACGCCAAUGUUGACGAUGAUGCGACUCUUACUGCAGAAGAACUUCGAUUGAAAUACGCCAAACUCCCUGCUGAAGACAGCGGAGACCAGAUGUCUGUGUUAUCUGGUGUCACGCCAUCGGUGAUGAACGAAAGCGAAGCUGUUCCUGGUGACACAGAUUCACAUGCAACUCCAGCCGAUUCCAAGAUGGACGACCUUGAUUCAGUAAUGAUGGAUGAUAGCGAUAACUCGACUGAUAUGGACGAUGACAUGGGCGACAGUGAUGAUGAUGACGACGACGAAGAGGAGAGCGAAGAGGAGUCUGGCGGCGAGAGUGACGGUGAGCCUGGCCUGUUUGGAUUCUUUUCAUCCAAUGAUCUUCCCAUUGCCAAAGACGGAGAAGAAGUGAACGGGGAACAAGAAGAGGUGGACGUUGCGACAAACCCAGACGAAGAUAUGGAAUUCAAAUUAGCAUUCGAUGGGGAAGCCGAAGAGAACGAAACAGAAGACCCCGAGGAAGUUUCCCUUACCCCCAAUGGUCUACAGGAAAGGAUUUCUUCCGAAGGCACCCCAGCUGAAGUCAUUGAAGCAUCUGUGCGCCAGAGUCACUCGAACCCACGGAGCCCGAAUCCAACCCCCCCUAUCGACGACGACGAGGAGGAAGUUGAUGAAGUAAUAGAACGACCCGAAUUGACUGGAGAAUCCAUUCAAGAUGCUCGGCCCAAUGGAGAACUAUCUAGUGAGGCUUCUCCUGGGACGUUUGCCACGAAGCCAUCCGAACCCGAAUCCGUCUCUUCAUACGAACCCGCCGUGGAGAAGUCAUUACAACCUAGUCACUCCCCACCACCCGGCUUGAAAACACCGAUUCCACACCUCCUUCGUGGUACACUGCGUGAAUACCAACAUUAUGGACUGGACUGGCUUGCUGGUCUCUACAACAGCCACAUCAACGGAAUUCUGGCCGACGAAAUGGGUCUUGGAAAAACUAUUCAAACGAUCGCUUUACUCGCCCAUCUUGCUGUUGACCAUGGUAUUUGGGGACCUCAUCUUGUGGUCGUGCCUACUAGUGUCAUCCUCAACUGGGAAAUGGAAUUCAAGAAAUGGUGUCCUGGUUUCAAGAUUAUGACCUACUAUGGCAACCAGGAAGAACGCAAGCAGAAGCGCAAAGGCUGGACCGAUGACAAUGCCUGGAAUGUUCUAAUCACAUCAUAUCAGCUCGUCUUGCAAGAUCAGCAACCUCUUAAGCGGAGAAGCUGGCACUACAUGAUUCUCGACGAAGCUCAUAACAUUAAGAACUUCCGAUCACAGAGAUGGCAGGCCCUCCUUACCUUCAGAACCCGGGCCAGACUUCUCUUGACCGGUACCCCGCUGCAGAACAAUCUCACAGAGCUGUGGUCUCUUCUGUUCUUCCUCAUGCCCUCCGAUGGCAAAGGCGCUGGCGUCGAAGGCUUCGCUGAUCUCAAAGACUUCUCGGAAUGGUUCCGUCGACCAGUUGAGCAAAUUCUUGAACACGGAAGGGAAACCAUGGACGACGAGGCCAAGCAAGUGGUGACAAAACUCCAUACCGUUCUUCGCCCGUAUAUCCUACGACGCCUCAAGGCCGAUGUCGAGAAGCAGAUGCCUGGCAAAUACGAGCAUGUGGUCUACUGUCGACUUUCUAAGCGCCAGCGAUUCCUCUACGAUGGCUUCAUGUCCAUGGCACAGACAAAGGAAACCUUGGCUUCCGGCAACUUCCUGUCCAUCAUCCACUGUCUCAUGCAGCUGCGCAAGGUCUGCAACCAUCCCGAUCUUUUCGAAACAAGACCCAUCUCUACGUCAUUUGCGAUGCCCCGGUCGGUGGCUACGGAAUACAAGAUGAAGGAAUCCCUUGUUCGACGAAGGUUGCUUUUCGAUCACCCUCUGACGAAGGUCGACCUGGACUUUCUGAACCUUGCACCCAUAUCUCGGGAGGAUAUUUCGCGCCGCUUGGCUGACGACAGCAUUCGACUGAUGGCCUUUGGGCCGUUCAAGACCCUCCGUGAGCACCAAUACCAGCGCACCAAUUGGAAGAUGGGCUUCGAUGGGUCGCGCAUGGAAACGAUUCUGGAGUCAUUGGAGAAUGCUUGUCGUAAGAGGAGAAUGGCCGAGCUCGAGCGUUCUCUCUACUUUGAAUCAAAGCGUCAUGGUCGUCGACCCAUCUACGGUAGCAGCUUGAUCGAAUUUCUCAGGGCUGGCACCAACAAGGAGCAUGCGCUCUCUAAUGCCCCGCUGCAAAAAAGUAACAUGGCUGAAUGGCUGUCAAGCCGGUCAUCUGUACUUGCGUCCAUGAUUCUCACACUUGAAGAACGGGCUCUCGAUAUGGACGGUUACGUCCAAAGGUUCGCCUGCGUUACCCCCGCCGCAGUCGCUUCUGGCACAACAGAAGCUGCCCUGACCCCUGUGGAGACGCGACUCUUGACCAAUACCGACAAAGAGCAACCUUACGACCCUUUCCAUGAGUCGCGAAUGCGACUAUCCAUUGCGUUCCCAGAUAGGCGGUUGUUACAGUACGAUUGUGGCAAGCUCCAGCGUCUUGACAAGCUGUUGCGCGACCUCAAAGCGGGCGGUCAUCGAGCUCUGAUCUUCACGCAGAUGACCAAGAUGCUCGAUAUCUUGGAACAGUUCCUUAACAUCCAUGGGCAUCGCUACUUACGACUCGACGGUACUACAAAGGUCGAAUCGCGACAGAUGCUGACCGAGCGGUUCAAUAGUGAUCCUCGCAUCUUGGCAUUCAUCCUAUCCAGUCGAUCAGGUGGUCUGGGUAUCAAUCUCACGGGUGCUGACACGGUCAUCUUCUACGAUCUCGACUGGAACCCCGCCAUGGACAAACAGUGUCAAGACCGUUGCCAUCGUAUCGGCCAGACCCGCGACGUGCACAUCUACCGCUUCGUGUCCGAGUAUACGAUCGAGUCCAACAUCCUCCGCAAAUCCAACCAGAAACGGAUGCUAGACGAUGUCAUUAUCCAAGAGGGCGAGUUCACCACCGACUACUUCACCAAGUUGCGGGAACAGAAUAAGAUCAUCGAGGAGACCGAUGAGCGCGACGGCCAAGACGAGGCUAGCGCAGCCAUGGACCGCGUCUUGGGCAAUCGUAUCACAACCGCGCCCCGAAACCUCGAGCAGGCCGAGGACAAGGAAGAUAUCGACGCAGCCAAGAAUGCGCAGAAGGAGCUCGAGCAUGCGGACGAUGGAGACUUUGAAGAAGCGCAGAGUGCCUCACAUGGGACCCCUGCUCAGGCCGGUACUCCCUUGCCUGCAGCAGAAGACGGAACCCAAGUCCCGGGUGCCACCUCGGUGCCUGACGAGAAGCUACCUGGUCACAUUGACGAUUACCUGCUUCGUUUCAUGGAAUGGAACAUGCGUGAUGAACCCCUUGUACUACCACUGGACAAGAGUAAGAAAAGGUCCAAGAAGGGCAAGGAACACCACCUGAAACGACGUCGCUGA